GCUUUGGCGGUUCGACUUCAACAUGGCGGAAGCCGGUAGCGCCCAUCUGGCUGCGGAUGAGGAAAAAAGGUCUGAGGGGUCGUCUUCCGAGUCCGUGUCACCCGGCACUACCAUUUCGCGGGUGAAGCUCCUUGACACCACGGUGGACACUUUUCUCCAGAAGCUGGUCACCGCCGGGAGCUACCAGAGAUUCACGGACUGUUAUAAGCGCUUCUACCAGUUGCAGCCUGAGAUGACACAGCGAAUCUAUGACAGAUUUAUAACUCACCUGGAGGCAUCUAUCCGGGAGGAAAUUUCAGAAAUUAAAAAAGAAGGGAACCUAGAAGCUGUCUUGAAUUCCUUGGAUAAAAUUGUGGAAGAAGGCAAAGACUGCACGGAGCCAGCCUGGCGCCCCAGUGGGAUCCCAGAGAAAGACCUGUGCAGCACCAUGGCACCCUACUUCCUGCAGCAACGGGAUACCUUGCGGUGCCAUGUGCAGAAACAGGAGGCCAAGAACAGAGAGCUGGCCGAUGCCAUCCUGGCUGGGCGCAGGCAGUUGGAGGAGAUGCAGCUGCAGGUCCAGGCCCGGCAGCAGGCCUGGCAGGCUCUGUAUGGAGAACAACGGGAACUGCUGGCCGUUCUGAGGGAGCCAGAGUGAGGCGGAGCCUGUGGCUGAGAGCAGAGGGCAGUCAAGGUCGAGGGCUGUGGUCGGCAUGCUGGGCCUGGGCGGGCUGCCUUUGAGGACAGCUGAAAUGGUGCCAAUCUCCAGGCAGUGAUGGAGGAUCAGGCCCGAGCAAGCCCCACUGCUGCAGUGCUGUGAGGCUCCCCCGGGGUCACACAUACUACCUUCAGACUCCUCCCUUCUGCCCAGAGAUGGUGGCCCAACGUGGAGUCUGGGCCCGACUCUUUCUCCUUCAGGUGCAGGCCAGCACCACCCCCAGCGCUCUCCUGCAGGCUGCUCGGCACCCUACCACCCCCUCCCUUAGGGAAUGUGUUUUCAAUUUCACUGAUUGUCCCCUUGCUGGCCAGCCCAAGGUCGCUCGCCAUGUUCUCCCCACAUCCGUAAAUAAACAUCCUCCACUGCACUGUAA